AUGUCUCUUGAAAAUAAACCAGUUAAAGAACUUAAAAAACCAUUACAACAAAAACUUGAAACAGUUUUGUCAAAACCACAUUCUAAACAAUGGCAACAAAAACUUACUCGGGAUAUAACUUCCCAAGCAUAUGAUUCUUAUUUAGGCAUUACAUGCCAUUGGAUCUCGGAGGAAUUUAAGAUGUAUGAUUUUACAUUAAGUGUAACUAAAAUCGGUGAGUAUAAAACUGCCUAUAAUAUUGUAAGUACUAUUGAACUAGUAUUAGAAGAAUUUG